UCAUGAUAUACUUCCUGUUGGGAAGCAGACAGCUUUAAUUUCUUAUCAGCAUGCAAUAAAAUAAGAUUGUAAUACCCUUUAAGUAUAUUUAAGAUACACAAGAUACGAGGAACAUUUAAAAAGCAGAGACUUUAUUUAAUUUUAACACAAUUAUGUCCACUAAAGCUUUGAGACGACUACAAAAUGAAGACCCAUUACAAGAAAUCUUGAAAAAAGUUGGAGGGGAACAGCAAGGAGAAUCAAAUGAUGAUGAUGAAACUCUGGGCGCUCCAUCAGUAUCUAAAUCCAAGAAAAACAAAAAGAAAAAAUCAGCACAGAUCAAUCGAUUUGAAUUGUUGAACAAAAGUGAUAACAUUGAUGAUAUUACCAAUGCUGAUUUAGAAGAAUUAUUAAGAGAAGAAGAAGAAUUAUUAAGAGAAGAAGAUGAUUUGAAAGGAGUAGAUCCGACAACAGAAAAUACUGCAAUUGAUAAACUAGAAAAGGAAGGAAUCCCUGAAAAUUAUCAAAAGAAAAAAAAGAAAAAGAAAAGAAAGAAAGGAAAAGAAAACAAACCAGAAGCAACGGAGACAGCGAGGGGAAACGAAAAUGGUGAAGUAGAAGAUGAGAUUGAUGCUAGUUUACGUGAAGUAAAUCAACUAUUAGGUGACAUAGGUACAGCUGGUGAUUAUACAACAUCACAAAUAACAUAUACCAUGAAAGCUUUACUAAGUGUUGAACACAAAAAUUUAAACCCAGACAAUGAGAUGAGAAGAAUAUUUGGUUCCAGAGUAAUACAAGCUGAACAGAGACGGAAUCGAAAUAGACAGCGUAUACAUCAGAGAACAACCAGAUUAGCCCAGCCUAAAGAUACAUGGGCCCCUUAUUCUAAAACAGGUUUAUCUAUGAGUUUGUUAGAAAACAGAAGAGGUUAUCAAUAUUUUGAUUUUGAUCAUAAUUCUGCCUACCAGGAAGUUCAGUUUCUAUUUUUAGAUGCUGUUGAGUCACUUAAUCCUCAAGACAUUGUUAAUCUUCUUCAUUUGCAUCCAUAUCAUAUUGGUGGACUUAUACAACUGAGUGAAAUAUUCCGUAUGAGUGAAGAUAUGGCUGCUGCUGCAGAAUUGAUAGAAAAAGCCUUGUAUGCAUUUGAAUGUGCCUUCCAUCCAUUGUUUAGUUUAACCAGUGGUAACUGUCGUUUAGAUUAUCGUAAACCAGAAAACAGGGGAUUUUUUCUUUGCUUAUAUAAACAUUUAUUAAAUGUUGGUCAGAAAGGUUGUUAUAGAACUGCUUUGGAACUAAGUAAAUUAUUAUUAAGUUUAGAUGCAGAUGAUGAUCCACUCUGUGUUUUACUGUGUAUAGACUUCUAUGCAUUGAGAUGUGAACAGUAUGAUUUUCUUAUUAGACUAUAUCAGGAAUGGGAAGCCCAUAGAAAUCUCUCGCAGUUACCAAAUUUUGGAUUUUCAAUAUCACUAGCCAAAUUUCAUUUAGCAAACACUGACGAGGAUCUUGAAAAGGCUGAUGAAUUGUUACAGAAGAGUCUGAUGAUGUAUCCAGGGGUUUUAAUGCCAAUGUUAGAGAAAUGUGGUAUAACACCAGAUUUAUCAGUAACUGGUCAUACUUUCUUUCAACAUUCUGCCCAAACUAGUCAAACGGAAUCAUUAAAACAGCUUAUUACACUAUAUGUACAGCGCACAUUUUCUUGCUGGAAAGAACCUGAAGUGAUUUCAUGGUUAGAGAGAAAUGUUAAACAUGUAUUAGAAAAAGUUGACAGUAAACAACCUUGUAUAGAACAGUAUAAACAACAACGAUUAAGGCGAUAUCAAGGUACACCCAGAAAUAUAUUAAGGCAUAUUAUAUUAUCUGAAAUAAAAGAUGUCACAGCCAAUUUACCUCCAGAACUGGCCAAUACACCUGUAUUAAGUUAUGAUCCACUUCCGCCAGUAGAUUCAUUUGAAACUUACCAGAGACCAGGAAGGCCAACUCAAGCACAAGAAGCCAGUAAUCCUCUUUCAUUAUUUCUAAGAUCUCUUUUGCCAAAUUUUAAUGCAAAUGAACCAGUGGCACCAGUAGAUGAUGGAGCUGUUGGUGGUGAGGGUAGAAAUAAUUUACAGCAAGGUGUAGGAGCUCUAAUGACUGCUAUGAGAGAUUUACUAAACAAUAUACGACCGGUAGAACCACCAGUUGAAAACAGACAUAAUAAUGGAGAGGGCGAUGAGGAGGAACUGGAUGAGGAGUGGAAUUAAAGAUCUACAUAUGUAUUCUGUAAAUCAGAAAUUAAAAUCCAAUAAUAGGACAUAUUAAAAAAGUAGCAAAUAUUUUGAUUAUAGUCUACUAAAAAUAUUGGUGCUCUAUAAAAUGUAAAGGAGUCCAGGAAAAAGACAAUUACGGUACUUUAAAACAAUAUCCAACGAAGGCUACACAAAAUAAAUGUCUUGUUUCGCGGGCAACUGAGAGCUGAAACUGUAGGGGGGGAGGGCGGUUUCUUUUCUUUUUUUUUACCCCAUUGCUGGCUAGAGGAUGGUGCAAAAUAAAAUUUGGCUAUUGUUGAAAAUUGUUGGGGCGGGAAGGCGGCCUUGUAUUUUUUUAUUUUUUUUUAAUGAGAAAGUCAUUACUUGUCUACGGUUUUGCUUUCAGUUAUAUAUUGUACAUACUUAGAACAUAAACCCAAAAAUCAAGUCUACUCAAACACUGAACACUGACUGAAAGGAAAAUAAUUUUCCAUAUUUAAUUCACGUAAUGUAGCUUACUAAUGGUAAUGGUGACAAACAUAAUUGAAAUUGGGUUAAAAUAAAAUUCCGUACGACUAUUAAUAGCCGUCCAUAAUAAUGACAAUAUUUCAAAGAGUAAGCCUCUGUCAGCAUGUGUAUCAAAAAUAAUCAUCACGGUAAACGACACUUAGAACUAAAUCUAGUAUCGCUGGUUUAUAAUUAUUGACCUAAUUCCAACCAUUGCAUGUCACGUGUCAUCGGGAUUCAGGAAAUGAUUGUUUCUCAGGAUAUUCGGUGUGUUUCUCAUGAUGUUCGGUGUUCUAUCUGGGGUUUAUAUCGAAUGACUAUUUAAAUUUAACUAACAACUGGUCAGUAAAACCAUCAAAUGUGUAAUCCAAUUAUUAUUUUCCGGACUAUCCAAACUACUGUUAAAUGUGCUAAUAUAUGACUCAAAUUCUGACUGAGGUAUGGUGACUAUCAUCGUGUCGUAUUCGUAGCCACAAGUAAAAUUAACCUGUUCUACGAUUCAUUGUUUUAUCAGUAGGAUUUUUCAAACAUGGACCGACUGAAGCCGGCAAUAAUGAGCCGAUUAAUAUCGAAUGAUUGAAAUACAUUGCAUUGUUGUCAAUGGCUUUCGGUGUUGAACAGGAAUCGAAUUCUAGUUCACCAGGGGAGGUAAUUAAAAUGAUUACAUGUCAUUUGGGACUCACGUCAUUUGGGACUCAAAAAAAUAUGACCACGACAUUUGGGACUCGGGUAUACAACGUUUGGGACUUUGGUAUACGUCGUUUGGGACUCGGGAAUACGACGUUUAGGACUCGGGAUAAUUUAUUAGAAAUAGGCCAAUUCAAAACACGAAAGAAAAUAUUUAUUAACAUGAAACACGUGGUUAGUAAAAGGCUCAACCAAACGAUAAAACAUUAGUUGCACUUACGAUUCUUUGAUAAUCAUCGUUUCUCAUAAAAGUUAUAUAUUUAUUUAAAACGAAUAAUAUGCUGAUGAAUUUAUUUGAAAAUGACCUACACAAAAAAACAAAAUAAAUAUUUACACGACAUGCAAUCUUUUUUACAAGCCCCUUGAAACUGUUGACGAUAAUCCGUGAGCUGCACGUUGACAUGCUUGUCGUAGAUGGCAAUACCAAUCGAUAAAUUAGUGCGUGCAAGGCAAAGUUUUUUUGUGGAAAAUAUAAGAAAUGGCAACGAUCAAAGCGGGAUAAUUAAAGCUGAUUAACUGAUAAUCCCGAUGUUAUUGCAGUAUGUUCAAAGAAACCUAACGGUUCUUUGGUGGAUGAGGAAAAACGUGAGUUGUCAAUCGCGAGAAUGGCGGCCGUGUGUUGAUUGCAGUUAUACCGUUUCACGAAAAAACAUUAGCAGUGGUCGGUCAAUCAAGCUCGUUUACUAUUUGAUAAAAGAAAAACAACGAAGUAUUACUAAAUAUACACAAAUUUUCAACAAUAUAUUAUUGUCAAGUUUUAUACUCGCAGAUAAAACAAAACAAAUAAGGAGAAGUUUUAUACUCGCAGAUAAAACAAAACAAAGGAGAACUAGCAGUGUUAAUCGCGGUCUCAAAAAUCGCCGAUCAACUAAAUAAAACGAAAGACAACUAAGACAGCUGUUAUUAUAUAUCUCAUAAAUAAAUAGUCCCAACUGUCGUUUAUAUUGAGUCCCAAAUGUCGUUUGUGUUGAGUCCCAAUUGACGCCAAUCAAAUCCCAAACGUCAUCAACUGAGUCCCAAAUGUCGUUUAUGUUUAGUCCCAAAUGACGUGAGUCCCAAAUGACGUGAUACCAUUAAAAUCAUGAGAUACAAAAAUGGAGGUUCUUUCGAUAUCAAUAAAAAAAGACCUGUAAAUGAGCAUUUACAUCUGGAUCAGUUUAAUACAUUUGAAUGGAUAUACACGUAUGACGCAUGUAGGUACAUGCAGCAUAUUCUUUUUAUGACUUGCUUAUCGAUGUUCGGGCGGGCGUUACAUAUUUUUUAUUUUUCAUCAAGACUAAUAAAUAGGCCGCACGCGGAGCCAACUUAUUUUAAUUGUGUUGCCUAAAUAUUCUAAAGCAUUACUGUGUCCAAUACUAUCAACAUUGAGUUUCUGUGCUUAGUAAAGUUUAAUUCUAAAUUGUUAAGUACUGCUCACACAGUGUCUAGCAGAGGUGGGAACAAGUCACGGGACCUCGAGUCCAAAUCGAGUUCCAAGUCGCCGACUUAAGUACCGAGUUGAGACCCAAGUCUUCGCAAAGCCCGAGUCCAAUUCAAAUCGCCAGUUCAUCAAAUGAUUCAGUUAGAGUUAUGCCCCUUGCCGUGACUCGUCACGACUGCCGUGUUGAGUCCCAAUAAAUAUGUCAAGUCACAAGUCGGGGUCUUUGAAGCGAUUUAAAUCAGACUUAAGUCCCGAGUCGCGGGACUUGAGUUCCCACCUCUAGUGUCUAGAUCAUUUAGACUAAUAUCUUUCAUUUUUAUUUGUCCGUCUGAUUUUUUAUCCAAGACAAGAGAUUAUUAAACCUCCAUUUUCUGGUAUCAUCUUUUUAAUUAUAUGCAUGUAAUAACUGCCUUUGUCUUUUAAUUUCAAUAAUGACCAAUUUUUGGUUGUCUUUUUGUCAAAUUAUCCUUUUAAGUUAAGAUCAGUUCAAAUGUUUUUAUUGCUAAAUUAGUUAUUUUGUGAAAUUUGAGUAUAAAUGUAAAUAGCUUUUCUUUUUUCUUUCUAUGUACAUAAAAGGAAAAUAAAGUUAUAUCAAUGUCAAACAAGAAAAUGUAUGCGUUAACUAAUCUCUUUGAUCACUGUAUAUCUUUUAUAUGUAAUAUAUGUAAAUUGGUUUGUAAAACAAUCGAGAAUACAGAGAAAUAUUAUUUAUUUUUUGAAACAUGCAAGCUUAUCUGUAUGUAAAAUGAAUAUAAAUUUGAGAUAGAAAUGGAAGAUGUAAUUAACACUGAAUGUUAUUUUAGUUUUGGUAUUUCGAUUGGUUAUUUCGAGUUGGCCAUUCUUGCUAUAAUAAUUCAAAAUUAGAUGAUAAAAACUGAAAAUGUUGAAAAUUUCAGUCAAAUGUUCUAAACGGAAUUGUCAUGGUUGGAAGUUUAGACUAGAAAUAGGCAUCAAUUGUGUCUGCACCGUCUAUGAGAAUUGAGGAUCGUUUGAUUGACAGACAAUAACUCCACCAACAUAUUCUCGAUUAUCAAGUAACAUGCUCAAUGGCUAUGGUAGCCUCGCUUGGAAGGCCUUUCAUCACCAGUUUCUGGUAAUGAGAUCAGCGUAAACGGUAAACGUUAGCUUUGUCUGCCAUUUAUUGAUUUAAUUUUAAUGGAUGACUGGUUAUAUCCAAACUGUAUCAAAGCCAUCAUUAUUGUGGAAGGAGACAGUAAAUAACCAAGUACGACUAAUGACUAAUUCUGAAAAAAAUAAACAGAACUAACCGCUGAUAUAAUUAGACAGAAAUUGAAAUCAUGAUACAAUAUUUGAUGCUAUUUGGUAUGGUAACUAUGGAUACUGGAUAAUUUGCUCUCUUAAUAAAAAAAAAAUUAUUAAAAUA